AUGUUGACUACGACGAUGAUGCGGAUGCGGCACGUGUCUUUUGUGUUGGUCCUCGCGCUGUGCUGGGCGUGCAGCAGGGCUGCUGCGGAGGACGGGAAGCCGGCAGCAGGAUUGGGUCUGGGCACAGAAGCUCAGCUGACUGGAGCGAUUGAAGUAGACGGUGGUGACAACGAUGGUGAUGGAAGUAUACCGGAUUCUUCUAACGAGAAUCAAAAUGAACACAGUGAAAAAAAGGACACCCCUAAGAAUUGUGGUGCUCAGACCGGCGGUAUUGCCGGUAGAUGCACUGCAAACGGGACCCAAGGUAAUGGCGCUUCAAGGCGUGAGGGCGAAAGCCCAAAUGCACAUGUUUCAAGCCAACGCCUUGACAAGGAGAAACAACACCUUGCUUCAGGCGAUGGUGGAAUGCCGAGAAAGGAGGAAGGACCUCGUGGACAAGAAAACUCAGAUGCUCACGUAACUGGUGUGACUAUUCCAACGGGUGGGGCAACACCCAAUAAAGCCGCGUGCCAUGGCAGUGAUGGGAACCCGAACGCUAAUGCCAAUUGUCAUACAACAGGAUAA